GUGGAUGCGAGGACGCCGUAAAUGUGUUUUUAAACCCCUGGGGCCUCGGCCAGCUGAGCAUCUAACUCACACUUCACAGCUCAUACACCACCAUCCGGCAAAUCCACGCACAAACGGCUCCUGUACUGUACUGUUGUGCUCCCCGGCCGAGCAGAGGUGACGAGUGCCAAAUGCGUUCUCCCAAGCAACUGGCGAAGCUCGCCAUGCUUUUACUGCUGGCGUUGCUGCUGCUCUGCAAUGGAGUUCGCAACGUUCAUUGCUCAAGGAUCCACGAGAAUAGCGUCGAUCUGCACUCGCUAAUUGAGUUCAACAAGAGCAUCACCGACGAUCCUCAAGGAGCCUUGAGUAACUGGGACACCACAACCCACUUCUGCCACUGGAAUGGUGUCAACUGCACCACGACACCACCGUUCCGUGUCAAGCAGCUUAAACUCAGCGGCUGGAACUUAGGAGGCCAAAUCACCUCCUCUCUUGGAAACUUAACCUUCCUUGAAACGCUUGACCUUUCAUACAAUAACUUCGUUGGCCCCUUGCCUAUCCUUGGCAAUCUCCAACGAUUGCAGACACUUUAUCUGUACCACAACCGUUUAAAUGGGAUGAUUCCUGAUUCAAUUACCAAUUGUUCCAACUUGGCCAACUUAGAUCUAUCCGCAAACUCGCUAGUUGGCGUAAUUCCACCAAAAUUAGACCUGCUUUCAAAUCUGUCCUACUUAAACCUAUCCAGAAAUUCCCUAGCGGGCGUAAUUCCUACGAAACUGGGCUUCCUUUCCAAUCUGACCGUCGUAGAUCUCUCUGUAAACUUGCUAGUGGGUCAAAUUCCUCCCAAACUAGACUUACUUUCGAAACUGUUCUACUUGGAUCUCUCUAGAAACUCACUAGUGGGUCAAAUUCCUCCGAGAUUAGGCUUUCUUAAAAAUCUAGAAUAUCUCUAUCUUGGAUCAAACCAACUCGAGGGGAGCAUUCCUGAUGAGCUUGGGCAAUUGCUGCAAUUGGAACAGCUGCUCCUAGGCAACAAUAAGCUUACAGGUGAAUUCCCACAUGCCAUCUUGAACUCUUUAGGUUCACUCAAAUAUUUAGGCUUGGGGUCCAAUAUGCUACGCAAUGCAUUGCCAACUAAUAUUGGCGACCGUCUGCCUAAUCUCAUUGAACUUACCUUGGCUGGUAACAUGUUUGAAGGUAACAUCCCAGCUUCCCUAGGCAGCGCUCAAGGUUUAGAACUGAUAGAUUUAUCAAAUAACAGUUUCACUGGGAUAAUUCCUACUUCUUUUCGAAAUCUUUCAAGUCUGACUAUUCUAAACCUUGAGUAUAACCAGCUUGAAACAAGGGACAACAGAGACUGGGAAUUCUUAAAUGCAUUGACAAAUUGUCGAUCCCUAAAGAAACUAUCACUCUCUUACAAUCAGCUCCAGGGACCUAUUCCCCAGUCCGUUGGUAAUCUAUCCCCCAGCCUUGAGAGUCUUCGGCUGACUGGAAACAACUUGUCUGGACAAGUACCCCAGAGCAUCAGAAAACUUAAUGCCUUAACUCAACUUGCACUAGGCGAAAACUAUUUAAGUGGUAGAGUCGAAGGAUGGGUUGGAAACCUAACUUCCCUUCAAUUACUAAAUCUCAAGUCAAACCACUUCACGGGCCCAAUCCCAUCCUCUAUUGGCAAUCUUGUUAACUUGACAUAUUUCUACAUAAAUGACAAUGAAUUCGAUGGCGUGAUACCAGCUAGCUUAGGAAACCUUCCACUCUCGAAGCUAGACCUUGGCUAUAACAAUCUCCAAGGGCAUAUACCACCAAACUUUUGGAACCUCCAAGAACUAAUAAUAUUGAACGUCGGCCACAAUAAUCUUCAAGGUGCCAUUCCUGAGAUUGGUACCCUUAAACACCUCACCACAUUAGAUCUUUCUUCAAAUAUGCUUACCGGACAAAUUCCUGAUUCUUUGGGCCAAUGUUACGACUUAGUGAGUCUACAAAUGGACCAAAACUCUCUUAUCGGAAACAUCCCAGCAACUUUUGGCAACCUGUCGUCUCUGAGCAUGCUAAAUCUUUCACACAACAACUUGUCAGGCAACAUACCGACAGUUCUAAACACACUGAAGUUCCUCAACAGUCUUGACCUUUCGCAUAAUCAUCUUCAAGGAGAAAUACCCAUAUAUGGAGUGUUUGACAAUGCUACAGCCGUUUCACUUGAGGAUAAUUGGGGGCUCUGUGGAGGCGCCGUGUUUUUCCACAUGGCUUCAUGCAAAACCAUUUCCAAGCAAUCAGAGAGACGAAACCGUUUGAUUAAAGUGCUGAUCCCAAUAUUCGGGUUCAUGUUAGUCAUAUUGUUGGUCUACCUUUUACUCCUUGAGAAGAAGAUGCGAAGGAGGACAGAUGAUACAUCAACUUCACUAGGGGAGAACUUUAUGAAGGUCUCUUAUGCAGAUCUAGCACAAGCCACAGCAAACUUCUCGGAGUCUAACCUGGUUGGAAGAGGAGGUUAUGGUUCUGUGUAUAGAGGAAAGUUGAAGGAAUCUAAGGUGGAUGUGGCUGUCAAGGUUUUUGAUCUUGAGAUGCACGGAGCAGAGAAAAGCUUUCUAAAAGAAUGUGAGGCACUGCGAAGCAUUCAGCAUAGAAAUCUUCUUCCCAUCCUUACCGCUUGCUCGACAGUAGACAGUACAGGCAAUGUUUUCAAAGCUUUAGUUUAUGAGUUCAUGCCUAAUGGGAACCUAGACACAUGGCUGCAUCCCAGAGAGGACGGGAAGGCUCAUAAACAUUUAAGCUUAGCUCAAAGAUUAGACAUAGCUGUCAACAUGGCUGACGCACUGGAUUAUCUACACCAUGACUGCGGAAGACCCACCAUCCAUUGUGAUUUGAAGCCAAGCAAUAUUCUUCUUGAUGGUGAUAUGACUGCUCUUUUGGGAGACUUUGGAAUUGCAAGUUUCUACCAAGAUUCAUGGUCAACAUCAACCAGUUCAAUGAGUUCAUCAUCAGUCGGUGUGAAGGGUACUAUAGGAUAUAUUGCUCCAGAGUACGCCGGAGGUGGCCGCCGUGCAUCAACCACUGGAGAUGUUUAUGGUUUUGGGAUAAUACUGCUGGAAAUGAUGACUGGAAAAAGACCCACAGAUCCUAUGUUCAAGGAUGGAGUUAGCAUUGUCGACUUUGUGGAUAGCAACUUUCCACAUGAAAUAGUUCAUGUCAUUGACGUCAAUCUCAGCGAAGACUCAGGGGUUGACAUUACUCAAGCAAACAAGGCUUCAGAAAAUUAUGUUCGUGAAUGCUUGGUAUCUAUGCUGCAACUAGCACUUUCCUGUACGCACCCAGUACCAAGCGAACGAAUGAACAUGAAAGAGGUGGCCAGCAAAAUUCAUGCAAUUAAAACAUCAUAUGUGGGACGGAAAACAGAAGAGCGUCCUUCACUAGAGUAACAGUGACUUCAAACGUGGUAGUACAUGUAACAUUGUAAUCAGUUACGUACUACUACCUCUA